AUGCCUGCUGCUGCUCUCCCUCCUAUCCCUGAAGACCCUUCUGCCCCUGCCACCCCAGUUCCUUCAAGACCUGUUACCCCCAGGAACCCUGCCUCCCCCAUGGAUGUUGUGCGUAGCCCAGGGGGGCGCUCCAAUGCAUCUGAGAUGUCUGUAGACCCCCCUCCAUCUCCAGAGCCUGAGGAUGAGGCGUCAGAGCUCUAUGAUGUCCCAGAGGGCACCCUCGCCACCUGGGGCUUCCAGAUCAAUAGGCGGCUCGAAGCCCUGGUCUGUGUGGGCUGCAAAUCUGUUGUCACCCCCACUGCCGCUGUCUCGCACCACCACAAGCCACCUGCUGCCGCCAUCUCGCACCACCGUAAGCCCGCCAAGCUCAGGGUUGAUAGGAAUGUGCUGCAGGCGCUGGUGGACGAAGGGUCGAUUCAGUCUGGAUGGCCUACCGUCACGCCUGGAGAUGUGGAGUACCAGGGCCUUGAGCGCAAGUGGGGCGCUGCAUGCCCGCAGGAGGGGUGCUCCCUCAUGUUCACCAACAAGAAGCACGCCAUCGCCCACGCCCUUGACAUUCACAAGCUUGCGGUCGAUUCCGUGGACAUGGGCUGGAUGCAGCGCCUCUCGCAGCAAGCAGCCAACAACCACUCCUGGUUCCCUGUCAUCCCUCGCUCUGCCUACCUGCCUGGCCCCUCUGCCAACUACCUCCUUGCCUUGCGCCAGGAGCUGGAUGCCCGCCCGCCUAUCCCUGCCGCUGAACGGGACCACCGCCACAUCA